GCUUACUCACAGCGAUGCACUUGGUAGAGAAACACCUACCAUAGUUUCCACUUGGAUUUAUGCAUGAGGGUAAUCCUUGAAUCCCCUGGACCAUGAUUGUCAAGCAAGGGAGGCAAUGGAGGUCCAUGUGCAAAGGCUUGGUCCUGGGUACCCUCCUCACCAGCUGUAUGAUCCUGCUUUACUGCCUUUCAGCUCCACAGGUCCACCUCAGUCUGCCAGAGGUUCCAGUGCCUUACUCCUGUGCCCACCGUCCAGCCCAGUUCCACAGCAUACCAGCCAUAAACAACUCACAGAAAACCAGAGGCCAGAAGAGCGUCUGCACUCCUAAAGUCGAUGUUAUGUUCAUGAAGACUCACAAGACAGCCAGCAGCACACUCAUCAACAUCCUUUUCCGUUUUGGAGAGAAACACCGCCUCAAAUUUGCCUUCCCUGACAGUAGAAAUGACUUCUUCUACCCCUCGCCUUUCCAGCGCUCCCAGGUUAAAGACUACAAGCCUGGAAUGUGCUUCAAUAUCAUUUGUAAUCACAUGCGCUUCAAUCCACCUGAGGUGGCCAAGCUGCUUCCCAUGGACACUUCCUACAUCACUAUUCUGCGAGACCCUGCAGAGCUUUUUGAGUCAUCCUUCCACUACUUUGGCCGUGUCGUACCUCUUACCUGGAAGAUACCGGGGGAGGACAAGCUGACUGAGUUUCUCCGUGAUCCCCAUUACUACUUUGACCCAGAGGGCUUUAACAGUUUCUACCUCAAGAAUUUGCUGUUCUUUGACUUUGGACAGGACAACACUCUGGAGCUGGAUGACCCACGGGUAGAGGAGGGAAUCAGAUCCAUCACUGACCGCUUUCAGCUGGUCAUGUUGGUGGAAUACUUUGAGGAAUCACUCAUCCUGCUCAAGGAUGCCCUCUGCUGGGAGAUGGAUGACCUGCUCUUCUUUAAGCUCAACGCCAGGAAGGGGUCCACUGUAUCUAAACUGACCCCUGAACUAAGGGCCAAGGCCCUUGAGUGGAACGCAAUUGACUGGAAAUUAUACCAACAUUUCAACAACACCUUCUGGAAGAAAGUGGAUGCAUAUGGUCGAAAGCAGAUGGAGGAGGAUGUGGCAGAACUCAAGCGGAGGAAUGCAGAGAUGGCAGCCAUCUGCAUUGAGGGUGGACAUGCUGUAGAGGCUGGCAACAUUCAGGAGACAGCCAUGCAGCCCUGGCAGCCCAUCGGAGAGAAGUCCAUCAUGGGCUAUAACCUGAAGAAGAAUGUAGACAAGGCGCACCGCAAAUUGUGCCGUAAGAUGUUGAUGCCAGAGCUUCAGUACCUGACGGAGCUGGGGGUCAACCUGUGGAUCACCAGGCUGUGGGGCCACAUCAGAGAUAUCAUUAACUGGUGACCUGGCACUAGAGACAGAGGGGCCAAUUCAGCUUUGAUAGAGAGGGUAACCCGUGGAAACAUUUGACUGUGUCUUUAAUAGAGUUGGAGGGUUUUGCAAGGUUUUUGUUGUCUGUUUGUAUUUUAGUUUGUGUCUUAUCUCCAAUCCUGUGACCUGUCUUAUUUUGUUUAAAUUCAUCAGUAUUGACCUGUUUGCAUUUUACAUGCUUGUGCGCUGUAAUGUAUCUGAUGGGUGCUUGAGAAAAAUACUGUUCACCUCACAAUCUACAAAUACUGAACCAGUUCAUAGGCUAGGCCUACUGUUGUUCUGCAUGUU